AUGUCGGCCGCCUUCGACGACGAAGACCUCUCGAUCUCCCUUCCUUCGUACGAACAGAACAGGGAUAGGAAUCCUCAUGGGCACCCGAGUAUACCGCAGCAAGCUCCACGGCAUGGAAACGAACGGCUUGACCAGUCUCCUGCCACUGCUCGAGACAUGCAACGCCUCGAUCAAUAUACUGCGGUGAGAAAUCUGGGUGAAGGAACAUUUGGAAAGGUGAAGCUUGCCACUCACAGAGCUAGCGGGCGGCCGGUAGCACUCAAGAUUAUACCGAGGCGGAAACUACAGUCAAGAGACAUGGUUGGGAGGGUUGAGCGCGAGAUCCAGUAUCUCCAACUCUUAAGGCACCCUCAUAUUAUCAAACUGUAUACUGUAAUCGCUACGAAGACGGACAUUGUCAUGGUUCUGGAGUAUGCUAAACGGGAGCUAUUUGACUAUCUCGUAAAGAGAGGGAGGUGCAACGAUGACGAAGCCCGCAUCUUCUUCCAGCAAAUUAUAUGCGCAGUGGAGUACUGCCAUCGACAUAAAAUUGUUCACCGAGAUCUUAAACCCGAGAAUCUCCUUAUCGACAAGGACAAGAAUGUAAAGAUUGCUGACUUCGGUCUGAGUAACAUCAUGACCGAUGGGAACUUCUUGAAAACAAGCUGCGGUAGUCCCAACUAUGCGGCUCCAGAGGUUAUCUCUGGCAAGCUUUAUGCUGGCCCAGAGGUUGAUGUAUGGAGCUGCGGAGUCAUUCUUUACGUACUUCUGGUAGGGAAGCUACCCUUUGACGACGACUACAUUCCAUCUCUCUUCAAAAAGAUAUCCGCUGGAAAUUUUUAUAUGCCAUCAUAUAUCUCGACGGGUGCUGCCAACCUCAUCAGGCACAUGCUUCAAGUUCAUCCCGUACAUCGAAUUUCCAUACCCGAAAUACGGCAGGAUCCUUGGUUUUUAAAGGGCCUCCCGAAAUACCUGCAACCACCCGUUGAGGAUUUUGUUGGCACUGGUGCAGAUCCAAAUAAAGCAAUUGAUCCACGCAAGAUCGCACCCGGAAGAUCUGCUGCUAUACAGGAACGUAUCCAUGAGAAUGCAGUUAACAAGCUUGAACGAAGAAUGGGUUAUGGCAAGGAUGACAUUCAGGACGCUCUGAGGAAGCCUGAGCCUAGUGCAAUCAAAGAUGCCUUCUUUAUUGUCGUCGAGAAUGAGAUGAUGCAGAUGAAUUCCCCGACUGAAAAUGAGCCUGGCCAACCAUCUGCUGCUCAAUUAGGGGGUGGCCCAUCACCAUCUUACCGUCCAGGCCAAAGUCCUAACCCUGAUUCCAGUGCUCAGAGCUCACCGCUUGCUCCAUUGACGCCAUACCAGCCACGCACUUCAUCAAGCACACCAUCCCAAACUCCUUCAGCUGGGGGCGGAGAAGACACUCAACGAUUAAGCCACGUCCGCAUUCUACCCACCAGUUUGCCAUACGUACACGACCAGAUAAUGGAGCAACGAGCCGAGAAGAGCCUGCUUGGUGAAGAUGAAGAAGAGGAAUUAUCAGCGGAAAACCGAGGUAGAUCAUUGCAGCCUGAUGGCAAGGAAUCCGAGAAUGAUAUCAACAAAGAGCGUUCUCCCGAAGAACAGGCGGCAACUGCUCGGUCUCUUCGGCCCCAUUCACGCAGCAAAGUUGAUUUGGACAAGCUACAAUACCAAAAACCAAGCACCACACCUGCUACAGCCCCUCCGCCAAAACGUUCUCGAAAAUGGCAGUUUGGAAUACGUUCUAGGAAUCAACCAUAUGAAGCAAUGCUGUGUCUUUACAAAGCUAUUCGGGCGGAAGGGGGCGUUUGGGAAAUCCAGCCGGCCGAGCCUGAAGUACAUGACUCCGAUAGUGGCAGAACUCCACAGAUGACAACUGAACUCCCACAGGCAUUGCAACACAAGUACCCUGACUUGCCACCGGACUAUUAUAUCCCCAAGGAUUUAUGGUUUAUCCGUGCGCGGCUAUUAAAGCAAGGCGUUCUCGCCCCUGGUCCGUCAAGCAGCGCUCACUCUAGUCGCAGCGAUCUAGAAGAGUUCCGUCGCCGCGUUAGCCUGAUAGGCGGUAUAUUACACCCAGAGGAUAAGACGGCAACAUCGGCAGCGGCAGCUGCAGGUGGCACCGCAAUAUCGUCAGCCCACUCGUCCCACCCUGCCCUCCUCUCCUACGGUGUGUGGGUUUUCAUAGACAUUCAGUUAUAUCAGAUCGAGUCGAAGAACUACAUGGUCGACUUUAAAUGUGAUGGCUAUCAAAAUGUCAUCCAAGUUGCUCAUGAAAAUAACACCACCACAGAAUGGCGACCAAUAAGCAAACGAAUACGCAAUAAGGAAAAAGAGGUAACGAGUCCUUAUCCCUUCUUGGACGUUGCAUCAGAUCUUGUUGCACAAUUGGCCGUUGUUAGUUGA